AUUAUAAAAUAAGAAAGUGCUUUUCCCCACAAACAAGUUAUACUCUUCAAAAAUCUAAUAUCCUCCUUUCGGCCGCCGCAGCCAUCUUCCAGUAACUCGCCAAAAUGACGAACACAAAGGGAAAGAGGAGAGGCACCCGGUACAUGUUCUCUAGGCCUUUUAGGAAACAUGGCGUUGUUCCUUUGGCCACAUACAUACGAAUCUACAAGAAGGGUGAUAUUGUAGACAUCAAGGGAAUGGGCACUGUUCAAAAAGGAAUGCCCCAUAAGUGCUACCACGGCAAAACCGGAAGAGUCUACAAUGUCACCCAGCAUGCCGUGGGCAUCAUUGUCAACAAGCAGGUUAAGGGCAAAAUUCUGGCCAAGAGGAUCAAUGUGCGGAUUGAGCAUAUCGAGCACUCAAAGAGCAGAGGCAGCUUCCUGAAGCGGGUGAAGGAGAACGACCAGAAGAAAAAGGAAGCCAAAGAGAAGGGCACCUGGGUGCAGCUGAAGCGCCAGCCUGCGCCACCCAGAGAAGCACACUUUGUGAGGACUAACGGAAAAGAGCCUGAGCUGUUGGAACCCAUUCCAUACGAAUUCAUGGCCUAAUGUACACAAAGAAAUAAAAAUACC